UGUAGUGUACAUUGGUGUAAAAGAACCCCAGCAUGCAACAGUAGCUACCAUGAUGCUCCAGUCAGGGAAGCCUGUGCUGUGUGAGAAGCCGAAGUCUACCGACUCCCGAGAGGUGCAACAGAUGAUCAGUCUCGCCAAGGAGAAGAACCUUUUCUUCAUGGAGGCUAUUUGGAGCCGUUUCUUCCCUGUGUAUGAGAAAGUCCGAGAGAUCCUCCGCUCGGGUGAGCUUGGAGAGGUGAGAAUUGUCACAGCUUCCCUCGGAAUCAACUUCGAUGGUGUCCCGAGACUUCGAAACAGAUCCCUGGCAGUAGGCUCGCUGAUUGAAGCAGGCAUCUACCCGAUCCAGUUUGCCGCCAUGGUGUUUGGAGAGGAGAAACCUCAGGGUGGGACCGCCACUGGUCACCUCACAGACACGGGAGUGGACGAGUCCGCCACUGUUGGUCCUGAAGUACAGCAACAACAGAAUGGCAGUCCUGACCUGCAGCGUGUCUACAACGCUGUCCCAAGAGGCUUAUAUUUACGGAACAAUGGGCUCGCUUAAGGUUCCAAACUUCUGGUGUCCUACCGAAUUGAUCACCCCAACAAGGAGUCACUACUUCCCCCUUCUUACUCCAGAGAAACCUCUCAACUAUCUCAACAGUACAGGGUUGCGUUACGAGGCUAUGGCGGUCAGGAGGUGCCUACAGAAUGACCUGAUCGAGAGUCCGCUGAUGACCCAUGCCAUGACCCUGCAGAUAGCCGAGAUCCUAGGACGGUCGCGUCGGUCUCUGAUCCGAGGCAAGGGACCCCACCGUCCAACAGCUGAUGUUCCCCGACAUUGGUCGACUAUACUAACUGCAAACGGUGUCUAGAUGCCAAAACUAAUAAAAAAACA